AUGAUGCGUGCCGUAGCGACAGGACCUAAUGCCAUUCCAGUCUCCAUAGAGCAAGGGAACCGCCUCCUCAACACGGUAGAGGAAACCAAAGUGAGCGAUGAGGACGUGCUGGGGACUCAGCCCCCUUCGGAAACGCGGUUGGAGUCUGGGCCGGUGCCGAGGCGGAGCGAGGAGGCUCCGUACGCGAAGACGGAUAGCAGCGGGAAGUCUGCAGGAGCGACAGAAGAAGACUGCAGGCCAGAAGCGAUAGAGACUAUGCCGCACUGGUGGUGGGAAACUAGUGCGAAGGAAUCUUGCAACCAAGGAGGAGCCUUGUGUUACGUGGGUGCAACAGCGGUACUUCGCGUUGAGCUUGCAGGAAGUUCAUGCGAGGCACUUUUAGACAUAGGCGCUUCGAAAAGUUUCAUUAACCCUAAAACAGUCGAGCGAUUGCAGCCGAGGGUGCUGAGACUUCCAGAAGAGCAUAAGUUCACUGUUGCUGCAGGUGAACAAUUACGCAUUGAUCGAGUUGUGACUUGGUUGACGAUGUGGUGUGGACACGCAUGUUUUUCCGGGGACUUCUUAAUGGGAACCGUUCCCUAUGAUUUAGUUUUGGGUUUGGACUGGAUGACUGAGCAUAAGGCAGGUUUCCAUCAAAUCCGAAUGACCACGGGAAACCUUUGGAAGGCAGGCUUCUACACAGGGAGGUAUCCAAGGAUUAUGGCGAUUACUUCGGCCUCAAAGCUGUUCCAUGUACCUCCCAAGUCAGCAUCAAUUCCUAUCUUGAACAGCCUUUUAGCACAUGGCGCUGUUGCCUCUCUUGUUGAGGCGCUGAUCUACAGCGCUAUCCUCGCUGCACACGCUCAGCUUCAGCAGCAAAUGCCUGGCAUUGUCCUCGAGCAGCAGCUCUACCCUUUGUUCUGCAAGAGCAAAUUCGCAAAGCAAGAGCUUACCUAUCGUGGCUGUACUAUACGUGCUUAG